AUGACAAUGGUUGGAUCUGACCGAAAUGGCAAUCGCGCGGCGCUGACAUUCGGCACAUCGGCGCUGCUGGUGCUAGCAGUGCUGGUAGUGGUCUGCAAGGACGCAAUGGGUCCGUUAUCAUUGUUCGAGUGGGACACUGGAAACGAUCCGAUAGUCCCUGGAAGAUCAGUGAGGAUAGAAGGAAAGGACCCUGACGACCCCUUCUACCAGGGAUCGAGUACCACCUCCAGCUUGAAGGCAUACCGGGAUUGCCCGAUGUGUGCCGGAACGAAAGCAGAGCACAAGUAUCUCAGGAUGCUGGAGGAAGCUAGAUCACAGAUGUUGUCACUGAGGGCGAACGGUCAAGGUGGCUCCACGAAACCUGAGACUCAGGUCUUGGCGUUGAGAGGUCCAAAGAAUGUCCUCAACAAGGUUUUGGAGCGAACAUCUGCAGAGAUCCAGAAAGACGCUCUUUCAUACAAGAGCAUUGCACAACAACGGCAGAAGGCGAGGGCUGAAGUGAGAUUGCUGAUGAAGAAAAAAACUGAGCUAGAUUCCGAGGUGAAGGAAGUGCAAAGAGACAUGGAGCGGAUCGCUAAGAGACAGGAGGCAACAGUGGAUACAUUGAAAGCACGGUAG